AGUCCGCUAUUCAUCCUGAGUUGCUCACUCGUCGUCAGCCUGUUGCUUUGGUCGCUGCAAACAGCGGCAUUUCGCCUGAAUCAUAUUCGAACGCAACGGAAACAAAGUAACGUAAACACUUAACGUGCCGUGUAGUUCUGUAAAGUGGUAAAUUCUGCUUUGGUGGUAAAUUCGGCAGGCAGAAAAAUACUGGCCAUUUCAAAUUUAAAUUGAUUGGGAACGUGCCUCGUUAAUUUCAAUUAGCCGUGCGAGUGUGGGAAUUUCUAACAGCGUUCAACGCGUAUAAGUGAAGUGUGCGGUUUAUUGAAUUUAAAAAAAAAAAGAAUCUAAAAAAUAACAAUAAUAACAUAAUAAGCUUGGUUGGCAUCGCUGUGAAAUUUGUAACACGCCACAUUACCAACACGCCACUUCGCUUGUCUUCAACAAAUUACUUGAAUUAAUAUCCUAACUGAGCUUAAGUAAAUAGCGUUUGUGUUGACAAGUGGAAUUCGCUUAGAAACUGCUGCUCCCUCAAAAGCGCCACAUUCCUGAACAAAUAAUUUACUUUUUGGAUUAACAGCAACAGCAACGAAACGCGAACUAUGAAAGCUGCUACUAGACUUUGCCCCAUCAUAGUUCUGAUUUGCGCAGCGCGGCUCGUGUGUACGGCUCAACAACGGUACCACCACAGCAGUAUUGUCGGGUACCCUCUCGACUACGCGGACGUCAAGUUAAUACAGAAAGAUUUCUCGCUGGAUAAACGGAACAAACCAUCACUGUCAAUCGUGAAUCCUUUGGAUGUGCUACGGCAACGUUUGUUACUAGAGAUUGCUCGAAGGCAAAUGAAGGAGAAUACAAGACAGGUAGAAUUGAAUCGUGCCAUAUUGAAGAACGUCGGUAAACGUAUGCUGGACAAUGAUGGUGACUCCAGCUACAAACUUCCAUUGCAAGUACAACAACAAUUUGAAUAUUCCCUCAAGCACGUCCCUUAUCCUCAGCAAAUGUACACGUACCGCGCUCCCCAAUAUGACCAACAAUCGCAACUCCAACUGCAACCUUUGUGGCAGCCACACUACACUAAUCAAUUGGAGUACACACCAGAUGUAUCCAUAUAUGACUACCUACAUGAACCCGCUCACAUAUACAAUACCGUUCUGGGCGAAACUGAAAGCAAAGGCAACCUGGAUGGACAGACGACUUCUUGGUACAUCGAUGCACUUGAAAAUGGUGCCGAAGAAGGUGACGCAAAUACCAAGGGAAAUGAAUUCACUUCGGAACGACGAAUUCAAGACAAGGGAACAGGUGGCGAUAGCAGUAGUGCCAAUGUCGACUCAUUCUCUAGCGGAGGGACGCUGAACAAAAAUGUGUCCAACAAAGUGCAUUUGGCUGCACUUGAAAACAAUGUACUAGCAAAUGGCGCUGAUAAGGAGAGAAAUGUUGACAACGCAGAUUACCACUUGCGGUACUUUUAUGGAGUGCCCAAAAUGCACCACAACAUGAAAAAGUAAGCUGUAGUCACGCUCUCAAGUACAACCACACACUCAUGAACAUCGCAAACAUUAUUUGAAGCUAUUCAGUCCAAGAACAUUUCUUUUAACACCAAUUAACCAAAUAUACUCUUAAAUGUUUGAAAAGGCAGAGCUUUUCAUUCAAUUAGCUUUGCUCUGCUUACUUUUACUUAGGAGAUAUUCAAAAGUUUAGAUGCUUAAGUUAAUGGCAUAUAUGACAUAUAUGAUAUAGUAUUUAUAUUCAAAUAAAUAUUUUAGAAAAACUGUUGUAAUUUCUAUGUGACUUAAUGUUGUUGUCACAUUGUAAUUGAACUAAAUAUGAUAAAAUCGUGUUUAGUUUUAAAUAUAAUGUUUUUAGAAAGGCAUUAAAUGUAAAUGUUAUAUGUAAUAUGUACUUAAUAGCUCGCGUAUAUUACUUUCGAGGGAUAAACUCCACAUUCGCCUGUUGGUAUAUAAAAAUUUAAGCGCACCAUGGUCAUUUUAUUUAUUAUAAAACAAUGUAAUAAAAAUAUGUUGUUGUUUUGAGGAAAAUUUAGUGGCACUCGCGUGGAAAGAAGUCAAUGAUUAUGCCUGAAUAAAGUUCACUUGGUGCAAUUAUUCACAGUUAAGGAAGUGAGAAUGUAUGGCACAACCUUUGUCAUUCACAAAAGAUUAUAUAUUAUUAUAUAUACCUGUUUUUUAAACAAAUAUACUGAACAUCAAAUAA